AGCAACAGCCGAGAUGCGGUCUCCGUCCCCUACUACUACUCUUUCUGAAAUCCCAAAUUUAGAAAGGUGAAAGCAAGAGCAAUACAAGGGGAGAGACAGAGCCAAGAAGAGAGAGAAGAAGACGAAGAGAGAAUACAAAGAACAAAAGAUGUCGUGGCAACCGUAUGUCGACGACCAUCUGAUGAGCGAGAUCGAGGGCCACCGUCUCACCGCCGCGGCGAUUAUCGGACACGAUGGGAACGUCUGGGCCAAGAGCGAUAUGUUUCCAGAGUUCAAGCCUGAGGAGAUCACCAAUAUUAUGAAUGAUUUUGCGGAGCCGGGGUCCCUAGCCCCCACUGGCUUGUUUCUUGGAUCAACAAAGUAUAUGGUAAUUCAAGGAGAGGCUGGAUCAGUUAUCCGUGGAAAGAAGGGGUCAGGUGGCAUUACUAUUAAGAAGACAAACCAGGCACUAAUCUUUGGUAUCUAUGAUGAGCCCAUGACUCCAGGGCAGUGCAACAUGGUUGUUGAGAGAAUGGGCGACUACCUUAUCGACCAGGGCAUGUAAUCUACAGUUGAACUUUUUUUUUUUUUCAAGUCCUUGCAGAUGUCAGUUCUCUUUUCUUUCCCCCAUUUUUAGUACCCAUUUUCCAUGAUCAUUAACUAACAAUUGCCAUUUCUGUUUUGAGGCAAUAAUUUUGUGGACAGAGGAUGAGGUUGUAAGUUUUGGUCAUAUUCUUUGUCAUAUGUUCCUGAUAAGUGUCUUUGGAUUGCGUGUUUGAAGGUUAAAAUGUAAUUCUCAUCCAUAUUUAGUUAUAGUAAUUUGUGCUUUCUUGCUGCUGUUUGUUUCUCAACAGUUCACCAAUCCAUAUAGUAUUUAUCCU